UUCGUUUGUUGUUCGUGAAGAGUUUUCGAGGCACAAGUCUAGGAUCUGCUACUCUCUUUCUGACGUGAACAGGGAGUAGCUGCGGGGGAGGUUAAUAGCAGCAGAGUGCAUGCUUCUCUUGGGGAAGGACCCAAGUUCAAUCCUUGGGGGUAUUUCCAGUUAGCAGUUAUCUCAGGUAGCAGCCGGUGAUGGGAAAGAGCUCUGUACAGGUGACCCCAGAGGGAUGCUGCCAGUCAGAGGAGACAAUUUUGGGCCACAUGGACCAAUAGACUGACCAGGUAUAGGGCAGCUUCCGGCGUUUCUACAACCUGCAUCUGGCAUGAACCCAGCUCAUCCAUGGAGUUUGGAGGGGAAGAUUAGAAACUUAGAGAAAUUUUUUGACAACUGAGUGACAGAUAACACACAGCUGAGGCUGGCAGCCUCGAUGGUUCCUUCUUGCAGGAGGUGUGUUAUCCUAUUAUGACUCAAGGGAAGAUGCUUGGAAAGGCUGCAAGGGGAGCAUCCAAAUGGCAGUUUGUGAAAUUCAAGUUCAUUCUGCAGACAGUACACGGAUGGAUUUGAUUAUCCCUGGAGAGCAGUAUUUCUAUUUGAAAGCCAGAAAUGCAGCGGAGAGGCAAAAGUGGUUGGUUGCCCUAGGAACUGCCAAGGCCUGCCUGACGGACAUCAGGACACAGAAAGAAAAAGAGUUUACAGAAAACACUGAUGUGUUGAAGACAAAAAUGGCAGAACUGAGGCUGUAUUGUGACCUCCUUGUUCAGCAAGUGGAUAAAACUAAGGAAACUGGGGUGUCUGGUGUCUCAGCUGCUCAGAAUGGCAUUGAUAUGGGAGCACUGUUGAAAUCCACUUGUACCACAUUCUUGAAGACCCUUGAAGAAUGUAUGCAGAUUGCAAAUGCAGCCUUCUCUUCUGAUCUGCUUCCUCACACACCCUCUGGAUCUCCACUUUCAGCUGCCCCCAAAUCAAACAAGCUAAAACCUUCCUUCAUGUUUAGCCACGGUAUAUCAAAAAGGCAGAUGGAACUAAAAAACUGUGAAAAUGGAUCUAUAAAUGCAAACACCAACCUUCAUGAGCAAACCCUGAUUGAUAAAGUGACCCCUGUGCCCCUGAAAACUGAUACGAUGCCCGGCAAAGAACAUAUUAAAGAGAAUUUUACAGGUGGUGACAAUAAAGAUGGAGUAAACAAGCUGCUGCCAAAAGGGGACAAUCAAGAUGACAUAUCUGUAAUGUCCGUAGUGGAUUCCGUAAACAGAUCAACAGCAUUGCAAGUGGGAGAGAAAACAGAUGAAGGUUUACCUACUUUCUUCAGUGCUAUGAGCAUUAGAUUUAGUGAUAUCAAGCUUUUUGAGGAUGGAGGCAUACCCACAGAAGAAUUUCUACAAUCUUGCAAUGAAAUAGUUCCAGUCUUGGACAAACUUGGGUCCACAGUCUUUGCUCCUGUUAAAAUGGAUUUUGAAGGAAACAUCAAGAAAAUAAAUCAGAAAUAUAUAACCAACAAGGAUGAGUUCAGUACUCUUCAGAAAAUUGUACUUCAUGAAUUACACUCUGAAGAGGUACGACUUAGAAAUUCUGCCACAGAGGCCCUCCUCUGGCUUAAAAGGGGGUUAAAGUUUUUGAAGGAGUUUUUGAUAGAACUAAAGAACGGAGAGAAGAACAUUCAAACAGCAUUGAAUAAUGCGUAUGGCAAAACUUUACGACAAUACCACGGCUGGGUUGUCCGAGGAGUUUUUGCGCUCGCGUUAAGGGCAUCUCCCAGCUUUGAAGUCUUUGCGGCUGCCCUAUCUGUCGGAGAAUAUUAUAAUCGGGAAGAAGCAUUUUACAAUGGGAUGCAAAGGGACCUUGACAUCUACCUACCAGCCAUGCAAAAGCAUCUUAGCAUCUUGGAUGCACUCUAUGAAGAACAUGGGUUGGAGUCGGACGAAGUGGUGUGAUCACCCGCCAACACAGUGCCUCACAAAUUCAGGGAUUGUGUCUGCUAACAUAGCUUUUUUCCCAGAAGGCAAUUCUGUUUCUUUGUGUUUUUCCAUGCUUGGGAAGGGACUCAAAGCUUCUGUUUUUUAUACUUUUUUAAAAAUGUGUGUUUGUGUUUAAAUGCAAAGGUGCUAUCUAUUCAGGCAAGAUUGUGCCUGUCCUAAGUAAGCCAGAUCUGGUGGUGUUUGCUGGGUGGCAGGCCAUAUGCGGCAGUGACUCCAACAAGUGAAGCCACAGAAUAUAGUACCUUUGGGCUGAAUAGUUAAGAGCUUGUCUUUCCUGAAGAGAUUCAAUCAACAAAAGCAAUAGCAGUGUUUAGUGUAGCAGCCAGGAUUUACAAGAUACCCAUUGCAUUUUAGUGCAAGUCUUUCUUGUAAGUUAAAUCACAUCCAGAAGCCAGGGGUUAGUAUCACAACUGCUGUUCCACUUUCAUCAUGUUGAAUCCAUUAGCUCCAUCCGUCCAGCAAAGCACUAUAUCAGUUUGCAGCAACUAAGAGUCUGCUCCAUUCUGCUUACCAUAAUGACAGAUGACUGCUGACCUCUUAAAAGCUGUGUACGUGCUUUGCUUGCUAACCUACAUGUCUGUGCUCUACCAGAUGGGGUGGAUGGGCAGAGGGAAGGGGGAUGGAAGAAUGCACCUUUUUGCUCCACGAUCACCUGGUGCAGAUGCUUCCUAACUCUCAGGUUAACUUGCUUUGGAAUUAGAUCUCCUUGUGAUAUAGGAUUGCAGCUUUUGCACUCUUCGUUUUAGAGGCUUGUUUGAACCCUAAAUCACAUGCAUCUGUAUUUAAAUCACUCUCAAGGCUGGGUUGCAAAUGGCUCAAUUUGGAACAGAAUUUGUGCUAUAGUGGAAUGGUGAUUGAUCCAUUAACAACUGUACUCUUAUGAGUAGCUGGAAGUCCUUUUUUUUUUUUUUGAAGGUUCAAAUGUUAUUUAAGAAUAUGUGGGCUUUUUAUUUCCACAAUGUUUUAAAAGUAUACUAGGGUUGCCUAACCAGAGUUCAGAGUGAACAGCUUUCCUUACAAUUAUGUAUAAAAUUCACCUCUGCAUCUAAGAUUAGUAACCGGUAUAUGAAGAGAGAGCGUGCACACACAGGAGACUGUAGUAGUGCUAACUGAGCUACUUCUGAGAACUUAUAGAAAAGCAAAUUCAGAAUUGUACCUUUUUGCAUGAUACAUAGGUAGAAAUGGAGGUGGGCAAUGUUCCUAGAUUUCAGGACUACAUACCAGUAAGUUGCCAAAAACAGUCCUUUUCUCCAUGUUUCAUGUUCACCUCCCAGAAAAUUGCCACUGGAGCGUCUCUGUUUUUCCCUUCUAUUGAUUCUCUUCAUUCCGCUGGUCCUUCUGUCUGAUUCUCCUUCCUUCUGGUAUGUCACACUCUCCCCACAUGCCAGAUAGAUAUUUUGUUUUCUUGAAAUACUUGGGAGUCAUUGGUCUCCUGUGGAGAAGCAUGAUGGCCUGGGGUCAAGUUGUUCUGUGUAGGAGAAAGUUACUCAAGACAAGUCAGGAGCCAAAUGAUAACAACCUGAAAGCUCAGUGUGUGGCUACUGUAACCAUAUGGGAAGGAGAUUUGCAUGAUCAGUCGUGUGUUAACAUACACACACACAUACCCUCAGAUUUUCAAGUAUGUUAUGACAAAGAGGUGGUACUGCUGAGAUGAAAUGCAUAGUUGGAGGCUACAAUGAUCAACUCACAAAGCUACAAGUUAUAGUAAGUUGGUACCUGUUGGUAAAAGUAGCUGCCUUAGAGCUCCCACUCAUCUGAACCUACCCUCAACGUCACUAGGGGAAAACUAUUGCAGCUUCAAGUUCAUCCUGCUUCAAGCCUGCCCAUACUGACAGACCCUUCUCUACCUCUAAGGAGAAAUUUGGCUGCAUAAUCAUGAAGAAACCAGAUCCAAUGCCAUCAAAUGCUUCCCAUGAUGGGAUUCCCAUACAACAGGACCUUUUUGAAAAUUGUUUUAUAAAUCCACACUGUACUUGAAGCAUAUCUGUGGAUCUCAGUUGCCUUUAGGAUGGAGACUAGGGAACACUGAGUCGGCAGUUUCUAAGAAAGCUUUAAAUGAAUUAAAAGGCCAAUUUUAAUGUUUGAAUUUAGAUGUCAAAUGAUCUGCUCAGGCUGUAAAAUUACAAAUAAUCUGUAAUUUGGGAAAUUCAGGAAAAUUUUAUUGUUAGAGAUCAGUGCGGCUGUUAAUUAAUUCUUGCUUUCAGCUACUGCCAUAAAAAACAGGAUUCCUCCAGCACAGUCAUAUUUUAUCAACUUAAUACAAACUACAACUUCUUAUCAUUGUGGAAUGUCUUGAGGUUGAUCUAUUAUUUGUUCACUUACUGCAUUUAUACUCCAACUUUCUAAUAAAUAUUUAAGGUGGCAAGCAGGUUCAUAAAUGCGUGAUUCAAUAGAGAAAUGUUCAGCCAAUGACCCUCUGUUGUUUUGAACUUCAGGUGCUCACAGUGUGUGCUUUUUAUCAUCCUUUUAGACAUCUACUAUCUUAAAUAUUGGUUGAGAAAUAUUUUCUUCUCAUUACAGUUUAGAAGUUUAAAUGUGCUGUGUUGUGGGGAAACAGCUUUGCAUUUCUCUACUGAAUGUACAGCAACUAGAUGUUGGAGGCACUUUAUAAAUGUUGUUGUCAUUAACAUUCUGGGUGAGGGAAUUUCCCACUUGUAACACCAUUCUGCUUUAAUCUCAGCAGCAAAGUAAUAAUUUAAAUGGAAAAAGACUUCUCUAAUUCUCUAAAUUUACUUCAAGCAUUGACCGCUAUGAUAGAUAGGUCAUGAUAUUUGAGCUGCAGCAGGGGACAUAUUUUUAAUUUUGUCUCACCAUUCCAAAGUGAAAAUCCAGGAUGCAGGAUCUAUAGCUAUUGGUUUAGAGUCCAGUUCACGUGAUCAAAGUGAAAAGGUAGAUUAAGCAGACCUGUGCAGAGUUUGGCAUGUGAUGGGGUGAUCAUGUGGUGUGUUUCCCAUGUGCUCUGGUCAUUAUCUUCAUUUAUCCAGCAUUCCAACCACUUUGGGCUGCUUGACAGUGAUAUAACAGGGUAUGAAUAUUUGAAUUGCAUGCCAGGGACAAAACCCCUACAUGCUUUUUAGUUUACUCUAAGUGGCAUUCAGUCUUCAUCUGCUUAAACUGUCUACUGCUUAUCAUUUUAUAACAGGCACUUGUGCUGAAAGUAUUUUAUAUAUUUCCAUUUUGUCAUUGUUUCUUCAUCUCUGGCUAUCCCUUUAUUUCUUCAGCAGAAGGUCUUCCCUGAAUGACCAGGUAUUUUGUUUUCUUUGUGAAAAGUCUGGUUUGUCAAGUCUGGGAUUCUGACAACCUUCCCACAAAGAUAUAGAGAUAGAUAUCCUGGAAAGUAAUGUUCUAUUAUGGUGCUGAAUGUUGGCUUUGAUAGCAGCUAUGUGUUUGUCAAAUGAAGUUACUAAGUGGUGGAAAGGCCUAGUGGGGUGAUAUAGAAAUCAUGUAGGCACUGUAUAAAUAAAUACAGCAGUCUGCCUAGUAGGAGAAAAUAGCUUGUUCUCUGACUCCAUGAUAAGUGUGGGCAUUUUACGGGAUAGUAAGGUGAAGUGUUUGGGGCUUAGAAGAAUAAUGAGGUGUACCUCUCAGCUGAACUAUAAGCAUGCUUUGUGUGACAGCUAAGCGAUUCAUAUGUUUCACUCAUGUGACUUUUGUCACACGAACAAAACUGAUUUGUAAGCUGCUGGAGCAUGAUAUACCCUGGUGUUUUUCCAUCAUCUGACUCUUCUUUUUUUAAAGGCUGGUAAUUAUGUAUUCUCAGGGAUUUGAGCAGCAAGGGCAAAAACCCAGUCUUCAAAGCCUGUAGUUAAAGAGAAACUGAUUGUUAAUGUAAAUAUACUGUAGACCAGUUGAAACCUCUUGCAAAGUGCAUUUCCAUUAUAAACUGCCUGGAUGGUCUACUUUUGCACAAGUCUUAAGAAACCCCAAAGGAGUACUGUGUGAUAAUAUAUGAACUGCUGUUGGCAUGUUUGACUUGCAAACUGUAUAUCUUUGUAAAGUAACAUAUGCCUGUUGUGUUUGAAAAAAGGACAAAAGGUUUUUCUAGAGAUACCCCACCCUGUAGAAGUUUAUAGUGUGUUAUAUUGAUUUAAUAUUAUGCAAUGAUUAAUUUUUAAAACAUAGGUAAUUACUAAAAGGCAACCUGAAAGCAUAGUGGCAUACCAUCAUAUUCUGAUUAUCCAUUUUACUAACAUGCCAAAUGUUUUGAGACUGGAUAUCCAAACAGAGCAUUGCCAGAUAAAGUGAGGAUCUUGAUGUUAGCAGCAGGAUUCUUCAAAGAAUUAUUCCUUUAAAAACAAUCAGAGAAUAAGGUAUCAUAGUAAUGUCAUGAAAGGAAAAUGAUACCUACAAUUCUAUUUAUUGUUUCCACCCCUCUCCCAUCAUUUGAACAUCUUGCUUGUCUUGAAAAUGGUCAACAUUUUUGCAAUUACUGGGUAAUGGGUACAAUCCAGAGAUGAUAAAAAAAACCUCAGGAGUAUCCCCAUGGACCACAAUGACAUGUGGCAACUCAGUGAUAAUAAUAAAACCUCCUUUGAUUUUAUUGUCUCUAAAUUGCAGUGGUUAUUUCUAGCCAUGAGAGAGCUGGUACAGAGCUCCCAUUGAAGUUAAGCCUUUCUGCACAAGAGCAUUAACACACACAUGAAGCUCUGCAGCAGGGACUUUGUGCUUAGAAAUAGUUUAAUAACACCUAUUAUACUUUAAGCUGAAAAUGGAAAUGGACUGUCUUCAAGACAAUCCUGACUCAUGGCGACCCUAUGAAUAGGGAUUUCAUGGUAAGCGGUAUUCAGAGGGGGAUUACCAUUGCCUCCCUCUGAGGCUAGUCCUCCCCAGCUGGCUAGGGCCUGCUCAGCUUGCCACAGCUGCACAAGCCAGCCCCUUCCUUGUCUGCAACUGCCAGUUGGGGAGCAACUGGGCUUCUUGGGACUAUGCAGCUGGCCCAUGGCUGCACAGGUGGCAGGGCACAUAACCCCUGACCCACUCACUGUGGGGGUGAUCUUUAACUGGCCCUUUCCACCCAGGAGACACGAGCAGGGAUUUGAACUCACAGACUGGACUCCCAGGCAGGCUCUCCUCCCCACUGUGCUAUACCAGCUAGUAUUGUUUAAAUUAGAGAUUUGGGCUAACUUCCCGGCUUCAUCUUUGCUUUCCUGUGUCUUGCUAGCUGCCAUCAAUUUUGACAGUUGCAUUUUGCACUUUUGUGUUGCCCAAGAGACUGACAACCAAGCCCUGUGACAAGCAGUGGGAGCAAGACACACCCCAUGACUUGUCCUCCAAUUGGCUUUGAAGAAUGUCCUGCCAGCAAGAGAGAGAUUCCCGGUGAAAUAAAGCUGUCUUUUGAAGUUUUUGUUUCACUUAGCAGAUUCGAGGGUUGCUCAGCGUUGGUGCUCCCUGGCUUUCAUUGGGGAAAGCAUAGGAGGAAUUAUGGUCUUACUGCUUGCAAAGUGCUGAUAAGAGUGGAAGAGCAAUAACAAGGGCAAUGAAAUUAGUCCCAAACAUAGCUGCAGCUUUAGACUAUUGGCUUGAGUGUAAAUAAGCUUUACAUAUUGGAAUGUUAGACAGGAGAGAGAGAGAGAUUAAGCUUAGUGUUCAGAGAAGACAGCUUUGGCCAUGGCAGGAUUUGUACACAAAGCACUUCUGCAUGGGCAAAACGACUGUUGUUGUUUGAUUUGAUCUGAUUUUUAAUUAAUUUGCAGAUUUAUAAACAGUUUUACAUCCAAAAAUUACCAAAAUGGGGCACAGUGAAAUAAAAUACAAACUCAGUAAACUAUAGGCGAUAAAACCAUUGCGACCAUUACAAACUGAUUCCAUAAAAUGACUGGGUCACACUAUAGGGAAAGCCUUAAAUGAAAGAAAAAAUGUCAAUAGCCACCUUAGUAUCAAAACACCAGGCCCUUGCCUAAUUUCGGUAGGUAACCUAUUCCAGAGGACCUGGGAGAAUCCCCACUUAGUCAUGAGGCUCACUGAAUGACCUUGGGCCAGUCACAGUCUUUCAGGAUUGUUGUGAGGAUGAAAUGAGGAGAACCAUGUAUGCCGCCUUGAGCUUCUUGGAGGAAAGGUGAGAUAUUUCUAAUGUAAUAAAAUAAAUAUUCUCCUGGUAGUUCCACACUGACCUGUAAUUCAGUAUACAGUUACAUGGAAGAGGCAAUUCUAUGUACAAGCACCCCCAUUAUUGAAUUCCCUCCAAGCAUGGUGCCAACCUUCAUGGGCUUUCAGCGCCAAUUAAACACUUUCCCACUUACUCUGGCUUUUAGUUAAGCGGCUGUUGCUGCCAGUCUUGAUGGAAUUUUACUGUUUUAACUGUUGUUCAUGUGGUUUUAUGAAUGUUGUAGCCCACUCUGGGAUGCCUUUGUGGUCAUGAUGAGUAGGCUGUAAUUUUUAAAAAGAUAAAUAUAUAAAU